GAAUGAAACUUCCCAACAGUACACCAAAGACAGCACUGACACAGCACUCGGGUGAUUGCAAGUCUUCAUUACAGCUUCCUGUGGCCUUGACUGGGAAGCUUCCACGCCUUGCAUCGCGACGCACUAAACACCGCCCGCCUCUCUUUGGCACCCCCAAACGCACUAACGCAGGCGGUGAUUGGGCAGUGCAAAUGUCUCAACUCCCCUCGUCCACCGAGCACCGGUUGAGCACAUUUUGUCACUUGCGCUAACGUUAAAUGGAGGAACGUCCCUGCGAAGGGGCAACCGGAGUAUAUAUCAGUCAUGGAGCAGAGAACGGCCCUGAUCGAUCGAACAUAUCGGUAAACAAUGAUCAGAACCACAGUAAGUUCCAGAACGAGAAAACGCAGACGAAGAAAACAGAAAAUGGCAAAAUAAAUGGAACUCUGAAGGAGGGAGAGGUGACUCCCGCUUCUUUUAACCCAGACAUCUCCCUGCACCCUGCGAACAGCAAUGGCGAUAGACACCUGCUAGACAUCAACUUGAAACAGAAGCCCACUCGACGGGCCUUCACCACUGACUCAACAGGGGACAGAAAAGGUAGAAACACUAGCAGAAACAGCAUGGACUUCAAAAAUGACAAGUCCUCAGAGUUGAACACGCUUGAGGGCAAAAAAGAGACUUUGGCUACUCUGAACGGUGUGGUGUCGCUCAACUCUGUACCACUUACCAACGGUUACCCUAGCACACCCGGAGCUGACAAUGACGGUAGUGGCUCCGAGAGUGGAUACACUACUCCCAAGAAGCGCCUGGCCCAGAGGAAUGGCAAAGCCGGGGACAAUGUGACUGCUUCUGCCCAGGGAAAAGCCAUGCAACAGGGUGGCAAACAAGACCACGGGCCUGUGGCGCCGGACUCGGCCUCUGGCUCUCAGGUGGAGAGUGGUAGAACUGGUUCAAAAGUCGAGCUGCACUUAAAAGCCAAGGAACCACCUGCCUCCGCAACCCCACCUCCUCUGCCGGUGGCUGAACUUCAACGUAAAAACUCAGACAGCAAAGUGGCUGGCAAACGGUUUGAGGAUCGCUCCAGCAAGGUUAAGGUGGCUACCUCCACCAAAGAGGACUCAUGGACCUUGUUCAAGCCUCCACCUGUCUUUCCUGUGGACAAUAGUAGCGCUAAGAUUGUGCCUAAGAUCAGUUAUGCAAGCAAAGUGAAGGAGAACCUCAAUAAGACUGCCCAAGCUGGCGGGGAGGCUCUCACUCCUGCUCCCCAGGUGCCUGGGAGACCGCCACAGGUCCCCAUGUCUGCGGUGAAAACCAUCACCUCGGCUAGUUUUACCAACGGUCCCCUGCCGGGGGAAGGGAAUGGCUGUCCCCUGCCCUGCCCCCAUUUCAGCGCCGGUCCUCUGCUGGCGACCCUGGCUAUUGCCGCUGAGAAUGUAGCAUCUCCCCCUGGUAGCGGCACUUCAGCCGUUGGAAGUUCCACGACCUCUGUGGCUGAGCCCAGGAAGCCCAGUCUGUUCGUUUACCCCGUCACCCCCUCCAAUAUGCAACUCUCGCUCCCUAGCGGCCGCCAAGCCGAUCCCCCUGCUGCUUCGACAAAUCAGAAGUCUCUGGGGGAAAUUUUUCAGAAUCAGUGGGGCUUGUCCUUUAUCAACGAGCCUAGCGCCGGACCAGAGGGCGUGGCGUGCCACUCAAACGGAAAGGACGUGCCGGUGGAGGUGAGCUUUCAGGGAGGCUGUUCUGCUACAGUGGCCACUCAGACUUCCAGUACCUCUCAGAGACUGGAUCAACAACCACCCUUCCCCAAGGCUCACGAGCCAGACAAAUGGACUAACGCUCAGAAUCUGAGUCGAGGUGCGAGCGGCGGUGCCAAGGCGGCAAGCGGGGCCAUACCCGAGACCUCUGUCCUCAGCCUGGAUGCCCAGAGAGAUCAGACGGGGGUUCAUGGUGCAAUAGUGUUUUGUUCUUCCUCUAAGGACAUUUGUGCCGAGCUGCCUCCCACCUCCCCAGCUGCACCUAAGGUGGCUUUGGCCAAGGACCAGGGCCAUACUAAGGGCUUUGACAGGAGGUCUAGUUGGGGGUCGUUUGAUCUAAAAGCUGCUGUAAUUUAUCACACUAAAGAAAUGGAAUAUAUUUUGAAUUUGCAAAAACAAGAUCCAAAUCGAGCAGUCCUCUACAGUGAGUCAUGGGACGGACCUGCUCAGUGAAGCUGUGUCUGGACACUAUAUCUCAGAUGAACUCUGCUGCAAAAAGAUGUGCUUGAGGAACAUGGCUGCUGCCUCUGAACAUCCUGAAUCAGAACUAAUCCAAUGGUUUAGAAAGGACCUUGUUACCCGUCAGCAGUCAAGGCUGAGCGCAGAGGAACAGAGUGCGCUUAGGAAAACGGGUUAGCUGGUUUUAGAAUAUUAGAAUGGAAGAACAAGAGCUGUGGAACUCAACUCUAAUGCGGAUAUGUUGCUGAAGACAAUUUCGAUGACUUGGGGGACAUACAACUCACACGUCAAACACUCAUGAUAACCCUGUCAUGACAUUUGGUUGGGCGGAAGCUUCUCCUUUAAGUACUCACGGACCUAAGAGAGUGUCCAGGAGGGAAGCAUGUCACCAUGUGUGCCCUCUUGAAUUCAAAUAAUCAUGUAGUGGUCACAUUGAAUUCAUUUGGGCACAGAACCGAAGAGUGUCGCUCUACAGUGAAUUAACAUACUGUGGCCAGAGGAACUACAUGGCUUUUUUGUUUUGUUUUGUUUUGUUUUUUGGAGAUACAGGGGAAUUGAACUCCAUUUAUGUGUGGGGGGCGGUUAGUUCAAGCCUUUGGGAUUAAAUAAUUGUCUUAAUUUAAUUUCUGGACAAUUUUGGAUCAGUCCUGUUAGUGACGCAUCUCCACUUCGUUUGUUUUGUUUGUUUUUUUCUUCCUCCUUUUUCUUUUCAUUGAAAUACUUAAAAACUCCCAGGGCUGGUUAUGCGGUACACUCGGAUUGGGAAACCACACGCCCUGUAGUGUGCAUGUGCAGUAUGCUGCUCUGUGCGUCCUCUUUUGGAAGAGUUAAAAGUGCUAUCGUUCAGUAGUCUUAUUGUUGUCUCUUCACGCUUCUGUCACCUGACAGCCAUUCGAGUCUCUUGCUCAUUGUGUGAGUGUGUAAACGGAGGACAGCGAUCACGCUAUACUCUUUUAUCUUGAGUGUUUUGUUUUUAAUUUUUAAGUAGCAGUUAGAACGCAGAACUAAUCGAUAAGAUGUGCCACACCACAGAGUUGCUUUAGCUUCAAUGCUAUAGGUACAUUAUGGAGGCUUUAUUUCGUUUUGGUUAAGUUCUGUAGAGCUGCUCUUCGAAAUAGGGUUUUGUUUUUGCCUGGAAAGGCAGUAGCGACUACUUUUGCUUCAUUUGGGACUACACCACAAUUUAGAGGGAACCUACGUAGAGAGCAGUCGCUGGCGAACGAUCCGGACUUUUUAUUUCAGUCAAGAGACUAGAAUCCCCUAGUGUUUUUUUAAUUAAUUUUUUAUUGAGCACCACAAUCACACUUUUAUGCUUUUUAUUUCUUGUAUGUUUUAAUUUGUACCUGGGUUUCCAUGCUUAUCGGUUAAGCGCUUGCUAAAGCACAUAUGAGCCUCAUCAAUAGAACCGCCAUUGACAAGAAUUCUGCCGUUGUGUAAAUGUUUCUCUUUCUAAUGUCAGAAAAUGCAUUCUUAACUUACAGUCUAUCCUCUGUUUUAUCAUUUCACAGAUUAAUUGAUUUAUACAUAAGAAUCAGUAGCACUUUAUGUAUUAUGUUCUUGAAUUGUAUUUCCUUAAACAUUGACAUAUCAGUACAUAUUUGAAAUUCUAGUAAUUAAUCAUAGGCUACUAACUUUAACCUCUACCUAAGGACUGUCGGUCCGCAAUCUCAAAAGAAAAUAAAUAUUAAAAAAAAGAAAAUGUAAAAAAAAAAGUGAAAAAGGAAAGAAAAUAAAAAAGACACUCAGGUAGAAUUAGGGCAGUGUUCUUCUAUCUAACAAAAAAAUGCACCAACAGUGUUAUUGCCAAAUAUGAAAAGAUGUCCCAUGUUUGUACGAGCUGUUUUUUAAAUUUUAACCUUUUGAGGGAUUUAAUUUUUGACUGAAAGCCAAUGCUUGCGUCUUUACAGGUAUCAUUUGGCAUCAAUGUUUUCUGUACAUUACCAUGAAACACUGCCAGGUGAAAAGAUUUAAGUACACAUGGAAGACGUUAACCACACUACGUAUCUGUAUGUCUUUCCUUAGCAAGAGUUUUUUUUUGUUUGUUUUUUUAUUUCAUGUUUUAAAUGCAGCAUGUAAUGGUUUCCAAUGUGGUCUGUCUUCAGAAAACGUGGGAUGUUUCAGGAUAGUUCUUAAUCUGUUUCUGUUCUUGAGGUAUCCGACGUCUGUUCGAUGUCUUGGUUCAAAAGAUAUUGCAGCUGUCGAUGAAACAGAUGUAAGUUCGUUAAAUUCUGCUUCAUCUUUUCUAAUUCCGUUUAGAUUCCACUUAAAAGCUUUGUGCAAUGUAGAGAAAUCCUGCGAUUGAUAAUUAGCUCGUUCCUUGGCUUGUUAGAUGCACAUCUCUUCAUUGCAUCACUUGAGUUUUAUUGUAGUUAUCUAAAUUUUGUCUUUGAACAACUCGCAUAGAGCAUUUUUUUUAUAUCCAAGGGAUUUGCUUAAGGAGUUACUGAUGUAGGCAUAAUUUAUAACCAUCUGUUGUUACAUUAAGUUAAUUAUGAAAUACCUCUGUAAACAUGCAUUGUCCCUGUAUCCCUAUUUCCCCUUAAAGGGAUCGUUCACGUAAAAAUUAAGAUCCUGUCAUCAUUCACUCAACCUCGUGUCAUUCCAAAGACUUUCUGACCCUGUCCCAACGUAUAGUGAAUGUCUGGUCUGUUUCGGACCCCACUGACUUUCACUGACGAAAACAGUUUAAAGCGGUUAGGAAUAACGUGAGGGUGAGUAAAUAUUGGCAGAAUUCAGAUUUUGGGUGAGCUGUCUCCUUAACUCAGUUAUGUCUUUGUAAACGCUGUCAGCAGAAUGAACUGAACCUGGCCUUUGUGUCAAAAAACUCAACUCCAGGGGUCAAAUGCACAUAUAGAGGUUCUAUGCACAGAAUGCAAACAGAACAGAGUUUAUAUUUUGGGGGGUUGCACAUUAGCUUAAUUUCCUCAAUUUAAAUAAGCACUUACUACCCCACAAAUUAUAUAAUUGCAAUAUAAAUUAUUUACAUACAUCUUAAAUAGCUCCUCUUAGUGUUUAAAGCAAUGAGAGCACGUACGGAUGGGAGAGAGGUACAGAGAUACUGAAAUGGUUGUUGGCAUAUUCAAAUUUCACGUGUUUUCUUGACGUAUGAAUGAUUCUUGUCCUGUCCUGACAACUCAACUGUUUUUUUUUGCGUGUGGAUGCAUAUGUGUGUGUGUUCGUGUGCAAGCAUGUGUAUUUGUCUUCAUUCAUACGCUCAAUUAUAUGCAAAGUUAAUAUUG